GUCUUUAAACCGGGCCCCUUUAUCCUCCCAUUUAGAUUUAAGGAGGGGCGGUAUUGUUGAGUAGGUUGGGCUUCCGUCCUAGACUCAGUGGUGUCAGUGAAGGCCUAUUUACUACUGCAACAUGAGCUACCCAGGAUAUGCAGGAGGGUAUGGAGGAGCACCACCCGGAGCCCCAGGGUAUGCCGGCUUCCCCGGCCAGCAGCAAGACCCUCUCUUUGGAUACUUCUCAGGUGUUGCCGGACAGGAUGGCCAGAUAUCAGCAGAGGAGCUUCAAACAUGUCUAACCCAGGCCCAAUUUUCUGGAGGCUAUAAACCUUUUAACCUGGAGACAUGUCGGCUGAUGAUCAACAUGCUGGACAGAGACAUGUCCUGCACCAUGGGCUUCAAUGAGUUCAAGGAGCUGUGGUCUGUUCUCAAUGGUUGGAAGCAGCACUUUAUGUCUAUCGACAGGGACCACAGCGGAACAGUGGACCCCCAGGAGAUGCAACAGGCUAUGGCCUCUAUGGGCUACAGACUGAGCCCUCAAGCCAUGAACUGCGUUGUGAAGCGUUACAGCACUCAUGGGAAGAUCACCUUUGACGAUUAUGUGGCGUGCUGUGUGAGACUCCGAUCCCUGACUGAUCUGUUCCGGAGGAGGGACCAGGCCGGACAGGGUGUUGCUUCAUUUCAGUAUGAUGAUUUCAUCCAGUGCACCAUGUCUUCCUGAAGAGGCUGCACAUAGGAAAUUCUGUGACCACUGCACACUAUAAUACCACUGGCAGAUAUAUCCGGAAUAAUAAUCAUAUAUGUUAAAGAUAACCAUUUGCUAAUGAAUAACAUUUUUUUUAUUGUACUUUUAAAACCUUUUCACUUACAGACUACUUUUGUAUACAUCUCAGUUUUGUAUGUGUUAUUUGUCUCUAUAAUUUGAUCUCAUACAGCAGUCAGUUGUCACUUUUACAUGCCUUCAACCAUAAACCAUAAAAAGCCUCUAAAAAUGUGUAUAAAGUGUAAUAAAGGCGCACUGAACGCA